CAGAAUUGUAAAACCGCAGCCGAUAUCAGUGUCAAUCAUGCAUUCGCCAAAGAGCUUCCUACUCUUGGCAGUUGCUUUCGUAGCUUUACGCGUUACAGCUGCACCUCUAUGGAAUGCAAAGAAUCCCGAGCAACUGCAGUUCAUCGCUGCCCGUUGUAUGGAAGAAUGGUCUCCGAAGGCAAAGGAUCCGAAAGCGGCUCUUAAAAACUGGAUGGAAUGGAGACUGCAGCCAUCGACCGAAGAAGCCACUCAGUGUUAUACCAAGUGUAUGCUGGAGAACAUUGGGUUUUAUGAGCCGGUCGAAAAGCGAUUGAAGGGAGUUCGUGUUAUGCAACAAUGGGAAACGUUCAAUCGAUAUCAGUCAGCAGAUCGUGAAAAAGUGCAUGAUCUAACGGAUACGUUCGACUUCAUAAGGCCGCUGAAAUCCUCCAGCUGCUCGGAUGUGUUCAACGCCUACAAAGACGUCCAUGCCAAACAUCUGGAAACAAUCAAAGCAAUUCUGUUUUGCGAUGGAAAGUCUGCCGAAAAGUACUACAAGGAUAAGGGUAAAAAUAUCAAGCAAAAGGGGCAAUCUAUCGUCGUGCACUGUGAAGAAAUACACUACCCAGUGGGUAGUCAACAGCGGAAAGAAUUAUGCAAAGUUAGAAAGUACGAGAUGGGCACUGGAAAGCCAUUCGAAAAUCUCAUGGAAUGCAUAUUUAAGGGCGUACGCUACUUCAAUGAUAAGAACGAGUUAAAUAUUGACGAAAUUGCAAGGGAUUUCACCCAGGUUGGCAAGAAACCCGAUGCGGUGAAAGCGACAAUGCAAAACUGCAAGUCCAAAACGAAAGAAACCGACCCAGGGAAAAAGGCUGUUGAGUACUACAAGUGCUUGCUGGCCGAUCCAAAAUUAAAGAAAGACUUCAUGGAGGCCUUCGACUAUCGAGAAAUUAGAUCCAAGGACUAUUACGCUCAGAUCACGGGCAAAUUGAAACCAUACAGUGCCAGCGAUGUGCGCAAGGAGGUCGAUGAUAUCGACAGCAAACAGUGUGUUUAGACGUCAAUUUUCCUCAAAUUUGUUAUAUUUUGCAGAAAGUUUCUGACAUAGAUAUGUAAUAUAAAAGUUGUUUGCAUGAAAUAUAAUGGUAUAAGUA